AAUAGCCUUUUUUAAUUUUCUUUGUUGUCGGCCAAACUUAAAGAUAAUCAGUUUCUCAAUUGCCAAAAAGAUGGACGCAGGAAUUGCUCAAAAGAAUUGGGAGAUAGAGAACAACAUAAGUGCUGUGGAUCCCGCUCAAGACCAGAUAUAUUUUUACGAUGCAGCUCAGGAUAAAGAAAAUGUAGCGUUGAAACCUUGGAAGGCCGACCCUCAUUAUUUUAAGCAUGUCAAGAUUUCUGCUAUUGCUCUUAUCAAAAUGGUUAUGCACGCUCGUUCUGGCGGUAAUAUCGAAAUCAUGGGUUUAAUGCAAGGCAAAAUUCAAGGGGAUACAAUGUAUGUUAUGGAUAGUUUUGCUCUUCCCGUUGAAGGAACUGAGACCAGAGUAAAUGCUCAAAACGAAGCGUAUGAAUACAUGGUAUCCUACAUUGAGAAGUCAAAGGAGGUUGGUAGACUGGAGAAUGUUUUAGGAUGGUAUCAUUCACAUCCUGGUUAUGGUUGCUGGUUAUCUGGUAUUGAUGUUAACACGCAAAUGUUAAAUCAACAGUAUCAGGAACCAUUUGUGGCUGUUGUUAUUGACCCCAAUCGUACAAUGUCUGCUGGAAAGGUUGAAAUUGGUGCUUUUAGGACUUUCCCCACAGGUUAUAAACCACCAGAUGAAGGUCCAUCUGAAUAUCAGACUAUACCCCUCAACAAAAUCGAAGAUUUUGGUGUUCAUGCUAAAUCAUAUUACUCUCUCGAAGUCUCUCAUUUCAAAUCUACUUUGGAUACUCAGCUUUUAGAAGUCUUAUGGAAUAAGUACUGGGUAAACACUUUAUCUCAAUCACCUCUUUUAACUAACCGAGAGUAUGCAACCAGACAAAUGGCUGACCUCGCACGAAAAUUAAAUAAAACCAACGACAGUAUGACAGGCCGUAUGGGAGGGUAUUAUGGUGAUAGAAAGAAAAACGACGAGAGCCAACUCAGCAAAGUAACAAAGGAUAGCUCCAAAAUUACUGUUGAAGCUGUUCAUGGAUUACUAUCUCAGGUCUUGAAAGACCAAGUUUUCAAUGGUCCAAGAGAGGAAGAAGCGCUUUAAAACUAUAGUUUUACAAGUAGCAAUAAACUUUUUUUUUAAAAAAAGUCAAGAAGAUA